CCAAGGAACGGAGGGCUGGGAGUAGCUGGGACCCUUCCUGCCAGCAGGAAUUACAGAAGUCAGGAAGCAUUACAGAAAUCCACCAGAGUGCCCCAGGUGCAGCCCCAGGCUCGAGCCAUGUCGUGCCCUGAGAAGUGCCAGCAGUGCCAGCCCUGCAACCCUUGCUGCCAGCCCUGCGGCCCGACCCCGCUGGCCAACAGCUGCAAUGAGUGCUGUGUCAGGCAGUGCCAGAGCUCCACCGUCGUCAUUGAGCCGCCGGCUGUGCUGGUGACCCUGCCCGGGCCCAUCCUCAGCUCCUUCCCACAGAACACCGUGGUGGGAUCCUCCACCUCCGCUGCCGUUGGCAGCAUCCUCAGCUGUGAUGGAGUGCCCAUCAACUCCGGGGGCUUUGACCUCUCCUGCAUCACCAGCUGCUACCGUGGCAGAUGUCCCCCCUGCUAA